AUGGAUAAGCAGCUCGACGUAUGCUUCGACCGCGUCGAGAAGGCAUUGGGUACGCUGGUCGAUUCUAUUGCCAAGUAUCAUCCCUCCGUCGCCCAAGUUAACGAAUUGGGGCUCGCCGACGUUGAGCUCAACAAGGGCCUUGAGGAUUUACAAACCCACCAAUCUAACUAUCGAAGGAUUCAGGAUCUACGAGCAGCGACAACUAGUUUUGAUACUCAGAUCAAAGAAACAUUGCGCCUACUAGCCAACACGCGAAAGGAACUUGUCAAUGCUCCUGCCACCGUAUUCCCGUCCGACCGCCCCAGCUACGAUAUCGACUACGACGAACUACUCGCCUACGCUAGCCGGAUUAGCAAAACUACUAUCCCCCCCGGCGGUGCAGCGAACAGCCUUUCGACCGAACCCAAAGUCGAGAAUAGUGGAGGACCUGGGACAGAAACGGCUGCUACAACACCAGCGGGAGGGACACCCAACGGCGCCCCAGCUGGUGCCGUGACACCUGCGAAUACGAAUGGAGCGCAACAGCAAGACCCUACACCGCAGUCGCAGCAGCUCACCACCACAGGUAGCGGCGAUGCGAUGGUCGCACAAGAAGAGCUACCCUGGAAGCUGAACCCAUUCAGCGACGUCGAAUUCGUGCCGUGGCCAAGCGAGGAGUCCGUACGCAAAGGAGCGCUAGUUACCCUAGCCUUCCUCUCGGAGAAAGGCAUCAACCCGGAGAACUACGACCCCGAGGAAGAAAAAGCGCGCAAGGAGCGCGAAAAGGAAGAACAGCAAGCGGCAGAAGAACGAGAGAGGCAAGAGCGCGAGGAGAGGGAGCGCAGGGCCAGAGAGGAGCAAGCACGGCUGCGGGCCGAACGCGAGAAAGAGCAGAGGGAGGCGUGGCGGCGCGCGAGCGUUACUGGGGGUGCGGGACCGAGUCAAUCGUCGCCGGUGGGAGAGAAGAAGCAGUUCCAGUUUAUGGCCGAUGAUGACGAGGAUGAUGACGAGUAA